AAAUGUGCAUAUAUCAUCAUCAUCAUGGCUGUGUACUGGUGCACUGAAGUGAUCCCACUGGCUGUUACCUCCCUCAUGCCUGUGGUAUUUUUCCCUCUGCUCGGAGUUCAGAGUUCUAAAUCAGUGUGCUUGCAGUACCUAAAUGACACAAACAUGCUCUUUCUUGGAGGGCUGAUUGUUGCAAUUUCUGUUGAACAGUGGAAUCUUCACAAAAGGAUUGCGCUGAGGGUCCUGCUGAUUCUUGGGGUGAAACCUGCCCUCCUCAUGCUGGGAUUUAUGAUAGUCACUGCCUUCCUGUCCAUGUGGAUAAGUAACACAGCCACCACUGCUAUGAUGGUUCCCAUUGUACAGGCUGUCCUGGAUCAAAUGGACAACACGGAGUAUGAUGUGACCAUGAUGGAGGAAGCAACCGGGCAAACAAAUACAGUGAUUGAGCUGGAGGAAAAGAAUGCAUCAGAUCCCACUUCAGUGCAUGUCAUAAGCAAUGGACAAGUCCCUGAUGACCCCAGAUCUUCUGAGGAAAAGAAAAUGAGGAAACGUAUAUGUAAGGGAAUGACACUUUGUGUAUGCUAUGCUGCCAGCAUUGGAGGAACUGCAACACUCACUGGAACAGGACCAAACAUGGUAUUGAAAGGCCAGAUGAAUCAGUUAUACCCCAACAAUAAUGAUAUUGUGAAUUUUGCUUCCUGGUUUGCAUUUGCAUUCCCAAACAUGAUUCUGAUGUUGGUACUAGCUUGGCUUUGGCUACAGUGCUCCUUCAUGGGACUCAACUUUAAAAAAAGCUGGGGCUGUGGGACAGAGAGAACUGCUAAAGAAAAAGCUGCAUACAACGUGCUGAAGGCAGAAAUGAAGAAAUUAGGCCCAAUCUCUUAUGCUGAAUUCAAUGUCCUCCUAAUGUUUGUCUUGCUGGUUCUCUUGUGGUUUUCCAGACACCCAGGCUUUGUAAAAGGCUGGGCCACCAGGCUCUUCCCAGAAGGAGAAAAGUAUAUCACUGAUUCUGCUCCUGCUGUGUUUAUUGCCCUGCUACUGUUUAUCCUUCCUGCUAAUAAACCCAAUCUCACUUCAGAUAUAAAAAAGCCAUUUUUAUCAGCCCCGCUGCUAGACUGGAAUGUGGUUCAGAGGAAGAUGCCCUGGAGCAUUGUGCUGCUGCUGGGAGGAGGUUUUGCUUUGGCUGAUGCAAGCGCAAACUCUGGGCUCUCAGCUUGGCUGGGUCAUCAAAUGACUCCACUAGGAUCAAUCCCACCAUGGGCCAUUGCAACAGUACUUUCACUUAUUAUAGCUGUCUUCACCGAAUGUACCAGUAAUGUUGCCACAGCCACCCUCUUCCUACCUGUCUUUUCAUCCAUGGCUGCAUCUAUCAAGAUCCAUCCUUUGUAUGUUAUGCUGCCUGGUACUCUCAGUGCUUCCUUUGCCUUCAUGCUACCUGUUGCAACACCACCAAAUGCGAUAGUGUUUUCCUACGGCCACAUCCGUGUUUUGGAUAUGGUUAGAUCUGGAAUAGUGAUGAACAUCAUUGGAGUCUUCUGUGUCACACUGGCCAUCAACACAUGGGGAAGACCUAUGUUUGAGCUGGACACAUUCCCAACCUGGGCAAACAGCACAACUAACCAGUGAGCAGUGAAGAACUCAUGUGUUAAACAAGGAAAGGACCCUUAAUACUACUCCCUAUUGUCCGAAGCCCUAUAUAGAGUUUCAGAUCCAGUGUCAGGUGUUUGCUGUCGUCCAGGAACCACACAUCAGUUUAGGCAUGAACCAACUCA